AUGGUUAUCAGACAGUGCCCUUGGAAAUCGAAAAAUGUGCAAUAAAACUGACUAUAGGAAAGCUUGCUUCACUCGUCAAUAAUCGUCACUAAUGUGUAGCUACAAUAAGAAUUGAGGGAGACUGUUAGUUUAGCGUCAUGGUGCAGGUCGACGAUAUGAUAAGGAAGGUCGGAAGAGAAUGUGGUGGAGUCAGACUGCAGUAGACACCUUCAAUGACAGAGCCAAGUGCUUUGUGGAUCAAUACUCCCAAUACGGACUCUUUGGAAUAUCAGUGGAUGGAAACAGUACACUUGGAGAAAAUAUUGCCGAUAAUGGAGGAAUCAGAGCAAGCUAUAAUGCAUACAAGAAGAUUGCGAGAGAAAGCAUGAAUCUGCCCGGACUGACUGAUUUCACCGAUGACCAACUGUUUUUCAUUGCAUUUGGACAGCUUUGGUGCUCCUACUCUACCGAAACUUCGUUUCGUGCAGCCAUCGCAGUUGAUGAACACAGUCCAGGGGAAUUCAGGAACAUCGGAACUUUAUCUAACUACGAAGAAUUUUCGGAGGCAUUCAACUGUCCAGCUGAAUCUUCUAUGAACCCUCCUGAGAAAUGUGUUCUCUGGUGAACUGCCAAGAGAAAAUUAAAGAAAAUAGUGUCAGAACGUUAUCUUGUGAAGUAGCUAGUAGCUUAUAGACAGUUGUUUAGCAUUUUUGUUAGAUCGUCAGUUGUUAGCUCUUUUAGAUAGGCAGUUGUACUUGUUGCCAGUGAAAUGAAC